AUGGACAGCUCCGGCGCAUCUGACGAGCCGAAUACGGCAGAUAACAUCCCUACUCCUGAUGAGCCGCCUCGUUACGAAGAUAUUCAGCCUCGCCGUCGACCUAGGAUCCAAAAGUUCGACUCUGCUCAGUGGCAGGGUGGUAAACCAAAUCUUAUUUUCAUGCUGCUCUCGUCACCUUCGGAGAGCAGCAUCACUGCGAGACAAAACAUCGAGUGGGUAGCGCAGCUACAUGUGAAGGCCAGAGACCUUCCUCGACUGAUGCGAGAAGGUUUUUAUUGGAACCUGGAUAACUUCUGCCUCGAGUCUACCUACAUCGAGGAGAAAAUCGACAGCGGUGGUCCCGCCAACGUCGGCUUCACAUGCACCCGCAACUACUAUCUAUCGGACAUCGACCACGGCAACAACGCACAAUGGGCUGCGAAGCUGAGUGUAUACGCUCGGAACGUUGGCACCCUGUCGAGAUUUCGACUCCCCAAUCUCCAGCUGGGCCACGUGGCUUUGGUUACUGCUAUAGAUCCUCGCUGCACCGGCCGUAAACUCUACAAGUUCGACAGAUUCCAUCCUGACAAGAACUUCAACGCGAUAUAUGACGAUAUGCCGAUGGAUGGUUGGUGGCCGUGGCCCAGGAGGGCUGCCAGCGAUAACCAAUCAAUGGGCCAAGCACACGCCGAAAACCACUGA